UCGAAAACCUUGUCGCAUUAAAAUGUCACGCGCCGCUACACAUCGCGAUCGGCCCCUCUGGCCAUAUCAAAUUGUAUUUGUAUUAUUUAUAUUGUUACCGUUGUUAUCUGUGACGUUGAAUCGAGUAGAUGCCAAUCCGUUACCGGAUCUCGUGCAGGAGUACCAGAAACUGUUGUCCGAGAGUGGAACGGAUGAUUGGACGGACAACUCGGUAGAUAAUUCGACGGAUAACUCGGUAGAUUAUUCGACGGAGACUGCGGCCAACACAGAUGUAUACGUGGUAAAAGCUGUAGUUUACGAGAUUGGGAUUCUCACGGACACGGAUAAUACAACGAGUGGUGAAAGUACCGAAAGACAGGAGAGAGUCGACAUAUCACUGUACGAUCCACCGCGUCGAGAGGACGAAUUCUCCUAAAUUCCAUGAAUUUUUCUGCAUCGAAGCAAGUGUGACAGACUACGAAAUUGCAGACAAAAUGCAUUUAUGGGUCGAAGACAAGGACCAAAAUAGCAGAGAACGCGCUGCUGAACGUGAAGGCUGCGCAUACGCGAUGAAGACGAUGGUAUUUGCAGCGGAUAUGUAUGUUAAAUUAAUUACUGGUUACGCGCCGUACGAAAUGAGACGUAAAAAAUAAGAAAAACAGAGAUUCCACGAUGUAACAUGCGAAAUAUAAUAAAAAUUUCGAUAUUAAAGUGACAAUAUUAUAAA